CUCUCCAUGAAUUCCCCAAUGACAUCUUUACGAACGAAGACAGGAGGCAUGGAGCUGUCGUCCUGCAUGUCCUUUGUGCAAUGUAUAUGUUUUAUGCUUUGGCAAUCGUCUGCGAUGAUUUCUUUGUCCCUUCAUUGGAAAAGAUUUGCGAGCGUUUGCAUCUCAGCGAAGACGUUGCUGGGGCAACUUUCAUGGCAGCUGGAAGCUCUGCUCCUGAGCUGUUUACAUCUGUCAUAGGUGUUUUUAUCACGAAAGGCGACGUGGGUGUUGGAACCAUCGUGGGCUCUGCUGUAUUUAAUAUUCUCUGUAUUAUUGGUGUGUGUGGGCUUUUUGCAGGACAGGUCGUUGCACUGUCGUCAUGGAGUCUCUUGAGAGAUUCAAUCUACUAUACACUGUCCGUCAUUGCACUCAUCGUGUUUAUUUAUGACGAGAAGGUUUCUUGGUGGGAGUCCUUAGUCCUAGUGCUGAUGUACGCCAUCUACAUCGUCAUCAUGAAGUACAACUCGACCAUCCACCACUGCUUCGAAAGGAAGACCAAAGGUGCUGCCAACAUGGUGAACGGGUUAGCGAGUAACACGGAAAUGGAUGAUAACAGCAACUGUGACGCCACGGUGGUGUUGCUAAAGAAAGGGAAUUUCCACCGCAAAGCCUCAGUGAUCAUGGUGGACGAGCUGCUCUCUGCCUACCCACACCAGCUUUCAUUUUCCGAGGCUGGCCUCCGAAUAAUGAUAACCAGCCACUUUCCUCCCAAAACCCGUCUCUCAAUGGCCAGCCGCAUGUUGAUCAAUGAGAGACAAAGGCUGAUCAACAGCAGGGCUUACACCAAUGGUGAGUCAGAAGUAGCAAUCAAAAUACCCAUCAAGCACGUUGUAGAGAAUGGCACGGGGCCAAGCAACUCCAGCGAGCGGGGCAUGAACGGCACACGGCGAGACGAAGACGUGGCUGAGGCCGGGAACGAGACGGAGAACGAGAACGAGGAUAAUGAGAACAACGAGAACGAUGAGGAAGAGGAAGAAGAAGAUGACAGUGAUGACCAUGAAGGGCCAUACACGCCUUUUGACCUCCCCACUGGUAAGACUGAAAUCCUGAAGUGGCUCUUCACGUGGCCGUUGAGUUUUGUCCUGUACUUCACGGUGCCCAACUGUAACAAACCCCACUUGGAAAAAUGGUUCAUGGUUACCUUUGCUUCUUCUACCCUCUGGAUCGCCGCUUUCUCCUACAUGAUGGUGUGGAUGGUUACGAUCAUUGGCUACACCCUGGGCAUUCCGGACGUGAUCAUGGGCAUCACCUUCCUGGCGGCGGGCACCAGCGUGCCGGACUGCAUGGCCAGCCUGAUCGUAGCCCGGCAAGGUAUGGGGGAUAUGGCUGUGUCCAACUCCAUCGGAAGCAACGUUUUUGAUAUUUUAAUUGGCCUAGGCCUCCCGUGGGCUUUACAGACCCUAGCAGUGAAUUAUGGUUCAUACAUUCGGUUAAACAGCAGAGGACUUAUCUAUUCUGUUGGUCUCUUGCUGGCGUCUGUUUUUGUCACAGUCUUUGGCGUCCACAUGAACAAAUGGAAACUGGAUAAGAAGCUAGGGUGCGUGUGCCUUUCCCUCUACGGCAUCUUCCUGUGUUUCUCCAUCAUGACGGAAUUCAACGUUUUCACCUUUGUGAACUUGCCCAUGUGCAGAGAUCACUAACGCGGGUGGCAGACUGUCGGGAGGAACGUCCCUCUUACCUGUGCAAUACAAACCACGGCUGGCAUCUCUGCAACACGGUGCCCCUCCGAGUCGUGACGUCUUUCCUGUUCACUGUUCAUAGGACCCUCGGCCCCGUCUCCGUUUACCCGCUCCCUGACCACCGCAACCUGGAAAAAUCCUGCAUCGAUGUGAAGAUUUUUUUUUUUCAGCAUUCAUGUGAUUUCCUAGCUCCGUUUUUGAACAGUGACUGGGAUGCGAGAUCAACUGGCUGCUAACUGGCAUCAAGCCAGGCAAAACUGGUCUGCUACAAUUCCUUCUUUUUUAAGUUAUUUGAUGGAAGACUAAUCUAAUUUAUGACUUAAGACUAUUGCUAGAACACAGAAGAGGGUACAUUGUACGGGGCGGAUUUCCAAGGAGAAUGGUGGGAAUAUUGUGG